AUGGGGAAUUGGGUUGGGAGGUACAAAGGUUUAGUGCGUCCAAGUGAAGAUCAUAAAGAAAUUCGUCACAGAACAUCACCAAACAGCUUGACUAUUAAGGUGAGAAUGACUACCACGCAACUCAAGGAGUUGAUGGCGCAGGUGGACAUGAUGAACAUGGCCAAAGAUCGAAACUCGGAGGAAGUAGGCCGCGUGAUCCUGCGAGAAUGCUUGGAAGGUAGGCUUACUGCUGGUAUUGUUGCUGCUGCCGGUGAGAACCAUGGUGAUCUCAAAAUAUGCAAGGUGUUAAACACCAUUUGUGAAGAAAAAGAAGAACAACAUGAGCAUAGUUUGUAA